AUGAAAAAAACACUUAAAUAUAUUCGAAAAUGUGAUCACUUUGGUGCAUAAAUAAAAUUGAACUUACAUCACAAAGAAGCAUAUAAAUCGAUUUUGGGUGGAAUUAUUACAAUGAUUAUCGCUGUAGCUAUUUUAAUGAUUUUUGUAAGAGGGACUCUUUCCUUGAUCAAACAUGAAAACUAUACUAUUUCAAGUUCAAAGUUACUCAAUAUAGAUCCCCCAAUGUCAAAACUCAGUGUCAAUAAUUUUAUGCUUGGAUUUUCAAUUGAUCUAUAAUUGUAAUUUACAAAGCCAAUAUAUAAAGCCUAAUACACUCAAUAAUCUUAAAUACUUAAUGCCGACGGAACAAGAAGUAAAAAUGAAACAAACCUUCUGUCUUUAGAAAAAUGUUCUCUUGAUCAUUUCCUAAAUUUGGAUUAAACUAACAGUUAUAAUUAACAAAUAAAGGGGUAAAUAUAAGAGUAUUUUUGCCUACCUAAAAAUUACACAAUAUUUUAACAAGGUACAUAUAAGUCAAAUGUUUUUUAAUAUGGCAAAAUUAUAUUAGUUUCAUGUAUUGAUGAACCAGAGUGUGCAUCAUCGGAAGAAGUAAAUGCAUUAGGAUUGUAAGAUAGUGUAGUGAAAAUUAGUACCUUAAUUCUUAAUACAUUAGUAAAUCUGAAUCAGGAAGAAAGCAUUUAAAAAUAUAUUUAUACUGAUUUUUAUGUAGAAACAUCUCUUACUAAAACUACAAGUACUGAUAUUUAUCUUGAAAAACUGAAUGUUAAAAUAGAUGAAUCUCCAAUCUCAGUUCUAAACUCUGUAGAACAAGAUGAAUUGUUUUCAAUUCAAGAUACAAAAUUAUCUCAAAUAACAUCAAAUGUCUAAUCUAAUAAUAUCAUUUCUCAGUUUAUUAUAAGAUUGGCUCAGUCUGAAGAUAUUUAUAAAAAAUAAUAUUAUAAGUUCGAUGAAUUAAUAUCUUAUGUUGGAGGAAUAACUAAAUUUAUAGUUUUAGUGUUUGGAUAUUUCAUUACUAAAUACAAUAAAACAGGACUCUAAAUUAUGCUUGCCAAUGAUUUAUAUCAAUUUGAUAUUCCAUAAACGACAAAAGGAGAAGUCACUUUUUCAUUUUAAACCCUAGUAACUUAAAUACUUGAUAAUAUAAAACAAAUAGAGGAUAUUGCAAGUAAGUUUAAGAUCGGAGCCAUAAAGAUUCUAACUUUGGGUAGAUUUGCAAAAGCGAUUUCGAAAACUAAUGGCAGCCAAUAAUUGAUUUCAGCAGGUUCUGAAUGCCUACUUACUAAUUAAAGUGUUUCUAAAAGAAAUGCCUUACUUACAGAUGAUGCCAUUAUAAAAACCGAAUAAAUGGAGACAGUAAAAUCAUCCAAUGCCAUUUAAUAUGUGAAUUCUUCGAAUCUAGACUUUUACAAAAAUAACUUUUUAGAAUAGAUCAUCAACAUUAUACUAACUGGUGAUAAGAAGUUAAAAUACAGCAUUGUGAUAAUAAUUAAAUAUCUGACUUGCUGGCGAUUCAGUAAUAUAGGUAAACACAACAAAAAAAUAUUGAAAUAAUCAAAAAGUAUGAUUCAAAAAGAUAUGGACAUAUUGGUUAUUAUUUAAAAGUUAUAAGAAAUGGAAAAAUUGAAACACUUAUUACUCAAUAAAGAAUAAUUAAAAGUCUUUAAUUGUUUGCCAAAACCCAUAGUUGGAUCAUCUAGAUUUACUAGCAGUGAAUCCAUUUAAGGUAUGACUGGAUAAUUCGACAAAUAAAGUUUAACAUUGACUUUUAAAAAAAAGAAAUUGUUUGAGACGCGUCAUUAAUAUAACACAUCCAAAAAACUAAGAAAACUGUAUUCUGCUUACGAAUCAAUUAAAUUAAGUAAUAAUUCUAAGAGUGACUUUGAAAAAUUGAUGAAUCAAAAAUUGAUUGAUGUUCUUGAACCACCAACUUUGCUGCAUAGUUUUAGUUCAUUGGCAGAAUUGCAAAGAUUGGCUAAUCUAUAAACUGAAAAAUUGGCCAAAAUGCCGAGGGUUUAGAAGAAAACGUCGAUAACUAUGGAUGAAUCUAGCAGCAAACACUUUUAACAAAUUAAGAAGGACAUUAAUUCUUACUACUUUAAACCACAAAAUUAUCAAAUACGAUCCAAAUCAGAUUAUAUUGACGAAAUAGUUUAUGAAUGA